AGCGGAAGUGGAUUCAGAUAUUCAUUGUAAACAUAGUGCUAAUCUCUGCGUAGUGUCUGGCAGGCAGUGUGACAGUUUGUUGUCUAACAUCAAGUUUAUUGAACCUGAACCUGGAGGGGAAUAAAACAGAGUGAAGACAUGGGGGUGAAAGGCUUACAGUACUUUAUGGAGAAUUGCUAUCCAGAGACUUGUGUACAUGUGGACUUGAGACAGUUGGCUGAAGCUCAUGCGAAAGCCCAUCCUGAUAUUAUGCCGACUAUUGUGGUGGAUGGAAUGGCCUGUUUGAGGUACUGGUAUCAGUGUCAAGCCUGGGUCCAUGGUGGUCAGUGGCAAGAGUACAUGCAUUUUCUUCACAAAUUCCUCGAGGCAUUCACACUGAUAGGCUUAAGAUUGGUCUUCUUCUUUGAUGGAACCAUAGAGGAACAGAAGAGAGCAGAAUGGGUGAAGAGACGCCUGAGAGUCAACCAGGACAUAUCCAAAAUAUUUAGUUACAUUAAGAAUCACCACCAGCAACCAGGUAAAGAAAUGUUUUGCCUCCCAUCUGGACUGGCCACCUUCUCCAUCUUCGCACUAAAAUCUCUUGGUCAAGAAACAUGUUGCUCUGUUCGUGAAGGGGACUAUGAGAUCGCUGAAUAUGCACUCCGCAACAACUGCAUAGGCAUUCUUGGUCAGGAUACAGACUUUAUCAUUUAUGACACAGUUCCAUAUAUGUCCAUUGCUCAACUCAGGUUAGAAAAGAUGACCACAGUGCAGUACUCCAGAGAAAAGUUAUGUCACAUCCUGAAGCUUCAAAGAUCUGAUCUUCCUUUCCUGGCAUGCAUUCUGGGUAAUGAUAUUGUGCCAGAGCAUCGAAUGCAGAACCUCCGUAAAAAUGCUUUGACUUUGUAUGGGAAAAAACACCAAGGUGACAAGAUCCAUGCAGCAGCGGAGUUCAUGAAAACCCAUCGUCCAGACAGCUCUGAAACAUGUUGCAUCUCCUCACUACCUCUAUCCAAAGAUGAUCUCGAGGUUAUUGAAAAGGGAAUCCAGUCAUAUCUUCUUCCAGGACAAACAUCACCUUGGUUAGAUCGAAGCCUACCUUUCUCAGAGCCGGUGUGUGUAAUGGAAAAGUACCUGAACAAAGACAUAUUGCAGGUAGCCAAAGAGAAGCACAUACGAGCAGAGAGUUUUAUGAUCUAUAAUGUCCUCCAGUAUGGGGUGGUGGAAUGCAGCAAUACGCUGGAAGAUGAGGAACUUGGACUGCCACCACAGGCUAUUUUAUACCAACCACUUAGAGAACAUAUCUACAGUAUUCUCUUGCCGAGUUCUCCCAGUGAAACCUUGUCUGUGAAGGAAUGGUUUGUUUUUCCCAGAAAUCCACUGAAAGAACCAAAACAAGUGGUUCCAAAGCCUCUAAACCUUCCAGGGGGAACUCCUGACCUUACUACUCUGUGGUUUGGGAAUGACUCUGAGGUGAAAGGUGUCCGAGUGUCUACUUUCCUGGCUGUUUUUGACCUGCAGGACUUGACUGAAGACCUGAAAUCUUUUGACGCUCCUUGCAUAGCUGUGAUUUGCCUCGUAUCAUACAUAGCUAUUCAGGCUAAACACCUUUCUGUAGAAGACAUAGAUGCAUAUCUAAGCCAAGCCGUCUGUAUCAGAUAUAAGUCUUACACCGACCUGCAGCACAUGAAGGUUCCUCAGGUGGACCCAAGGGCUGUUCACCUUGGUUCCCUCUUUGUGCGGGGCUUAAGCUAUCUGAUUGCCGCCAACAGUGCCUGUGGCUUUCCUUUUGCAAUGAAUGAGCUCAUGCCUUGGAAAAUCUUUGAUGGCUUGCUGUUCCAUUCUAAGUAUCUACAGGCACACACUGAUUGUGCUAAAGAGGAGCUUCUAGAGGGCAAUCCUGCAUGGAUGUCACUGUUUCUCACACUUCGAGAUCUGGUGCUCAAAGCCUGCAAAAGACAUGGCUCUACUAUCCUUAAUUUUCCACGCAGACUUCAGCAUGGGAGGCCCAUGGAUGGAGAGUCUCACAGAGAAUGUGAACCCCAAUUCUUUCGCACCUCAGACUGCUACUAUAGACAGCAGCCCAGGGGUCCAGCCUUCCACACGCAAGGACAUGGUUAUAGACCAAAAUCAAGAACAAGACAUCCUAACAGAAGAGGUUAUUACCUUGCCCCGAGAUGGCCUCAGUAACAAAGCUGAAGACCAGCUUAGAAAAGAGAUCAUGGAGGUAUUUGAUGGAUCAUUCAUUCUGGUGAAGUGAAAGCGUCAUUGAUCUUCAUGGGUUCUUGAUUUCUUUUGACUCCUUGAGCAUCCUGUAAUGCAGCUGGCUGUUCACAGUGCAUUAUCUACUGUGGGUUUGACUGUCUGGCUCUCAUGACUGAAUGGGUGUGGUAGUAUUAUAACACACUCAAUCACACACUGUCUUACUAUCAGUGAGGGAAUCCUCACAGAAUGAAAACCAAUGACAGUAUUUUCCAUAGAUACUUAUGGGGGGGGGGAAAACUGCGUAGUAAAAAGGCUGAGAGCACCUGCCCUUGCUAUUAGCACAAAUGUCGUUUGUUUGCACAGUGUACAUGCAGUCAACAAAAGAAACAAACAGCAGAAUAAAAAGACCAAUCAAGGUG